AUGUGUUCUUCGCAGGUGAUGUGCGUUCAGUACUGGCCGGCGAUGGUUGGCUGCUGCGACCACUACGAGGGAAUCAAAGUUGAACUGCUGAAAGAGGAGCAGCUGGCCAACUUCCAGAUCCGUACCAUCAGGCUCACCAGCGACGGCCAUUCAGAUUCUCGGGAGGUGGUGCAGUUCCACUACACUGAGUGGCCCUCACAUACGCAGCCCUUCAUUAACGCGCUUCUUGAGUUCCGCAGAAGGAUCAGAUUAUGGAUGAGAGCGAACAUAUUACCCGCUGAUGGCCCCACUAUUGUGCAUUGCAGUGACGGUGGUGCCAGAACUGGGGUCUUCAUGUCCAUCGAUGCCAACUUGGAAUUACACGAAGAAGAUGGGAAGUUCGAUCUAUAUGGUUACCUGAAGAAGAUGAGACAGGCACGCCGUGGACUUAUUGAGACAGUGGACCAGUACCGAUUUGUGUUUGAUGCUCUCGAGGAGUUUCUACUGUGCGGCUACUCUUUCUUCCCAGUCAGUGAACUCUCACAGCGGCUGAAGCAUAAAUCGAUGAAGGUCUUAGGCAACAAAAGCGAAUAUCAGUUGAAUUUGAAGCAGAACUCCUGUGCCAAAAACUCCAUUGUCGUUCUCUGUCCCAGUCUUUGGCACACGUCGGGAAAGCGGGCCAUUUUCGUACGUUUAUUUCGUGUGAACUUCUGCGGUUUCUCAGAGUUCACUGACGAGGAAAAGGCCAUCGGCGCUAUCCCCACGAAACCCAUCAACUCGGGCGAUCUCGAGAGGAUAUGCGCGGAACAUCGGAAGUAUCCUAUCCUUUAUAAGGUCGAGUUCCAGAUCACGUAG